AUGGCCCACAUCGACGCGGGCAAAACCACCACUGGGGAGUGUCUGCUGCUGCUGGGCCGUUUGCUGGCAGCAAAAGGAAAGGUGGACGAGGGCACUGCAGCCCUCGACUUCCUCCGACAAGAGAGAGAACGAGGCAUCACCAUCCAGGCUGCAGCCUCUCGCCUCCACCACGUGGACUUCUCUGUGGAGGUUGAGCUCUCGCUUGUUGCUGCUGAUGGAGUUGUGCUGCUGCUGGAUGGCACUCGAGGUGUAGAAGUCCAGACAGCAGCCAUAUGGCGUCUGCUGCAGCAGCAGCAGCAGCGCCAGCAGCAGCAGCAGCAGCAGCAGCAGCAGGCCUCGCGGCACAUACCACGGAUAUUAUUUGCCAACAAAAUGGACCGAGACGGGGCGGAUGCGGACGCAUGCCUCCGCUCCGUGCGGCGUCGGCUGGGGGCCUGGCCACUGCAGCUGAACGUAGCAGUGCGGCCCACAGCAGCAGCAGCAGCAGCAGCAGCAGCAGCAGCAGCAGCAGCAGCAGCAGCAGCAAAGCCGCUGCUGCACCUCAUAGACCUCACAGACUUGAAACGGGGCUGCUGCAGCAGCGGGAAAGUUCUGCUGCUGCUCGAAGACGUCUGUCUUCUCGACGAGGCCUUCGAGGCGCUUGCCAGCAGCAGCAGCAGCAGCAGCAGCAGCAGCAGCAGCAGCAACAUGACGACGGAGCUGUGGCUGGCGCUGCGUCGGAUUGUGGCUGCGAACUCAGCGGUCCCCAUCUUGUUUGGAUCUGCGAGAGACACUUGUGGGGUCGAGCUGCUGCUGGAUGCUGCUGCUGCGCUGCUGCCUUCUCCCCUGGAGCUGCCGCUGCCGCUGCAGCGCUGCAGCAGCAGCAAAUCGUGUCUUGCUGCCUUCAGCCAGGCCAAGCAGCAGCAGCAGCAGCGGGAGCAGCGGCGACGCAGCCACGGGUCAGGGCUGACAAUGCUUUCCCUGCAGCAGCAGCAGCAGCAGCAGCAGCAGCAGCAAGCAAGUCAGAAGGGAAGCCUGUUUGCUCCUAGCAGCGCAUCUGUUGCUGCUGCUGCUGCAGCAAACGCAGCAGCUGCUGCUGCGUCCGCACUUCUAGGUGGCCCUCUCACAUCCCAUGCAAGCCCAGCAGCAGCAGCAGCAGCAGCAGCAGCAGCAGCAGCAGUGCCUGCUGCUGCUGCUGCUUCGCCAAAUGCGCCCGCUGCUGCUGCUGCUUUCAAAGUUCUCCCCGACGGCGGACGGCUGGAGGCUCCUUGCGUUCUCUUCAAUUCUUCGCAGCAGCAAGUUGAACUGGUGCAGCAGCUGCUGCUGCCUGCUGCUUCCUCGUACCUCCCAGCAGCAGCUGCUGCUGCUGGAGAUGUAGUGGUGCUGCGGGGGCUGCAGCACACAAGGGCAGGGGACACUCUGCAUGCUAUUGCUGCUGCUGCUGCUGCUGCUGCUGCUACUGAGCAGCAGCAGAAGCAGCAGCAACUCCAGAAGCCCUUUGUCUUUCAGCUGCUUUCUGGGCAAGUGAGCUGGGGGCUGAACACAGCAGCAGCAGCAGCUGCUGCCACACCUGCUAGCAGCAGCAGCAGCAGCAGCAGCAGCAGCAGCAGCAGCAGCAGCAGCAGCAACGACGGUGGCGGGCGCGCAGUUGUGACUGAGGCUUCUUUGCUGGCGAGGCUGGAGCAGCAGCAGCGAGAGCAGCAGCAGCAGAUGGUGCCGGUUUGCUUCUGCAGCAUCGACUGCAGCAGCAACAGUGAGGAGCAGCAGCUGCAGCAGGCGCUGCAGCUGCUGCAGCUGCAAGACCCUUCUUUGCUGCUGACUAAGGCAGAAGGCGAAGCCUUUGUUUUGUGGGGCCGCGGCCAGCUGCAGCUCGAGCUUCCCCUCAGCGGCAGCAAAACUUGGCCUCCCCGCAGCAGCAGCAGCAGCAGCAGCCGCAGGAAGAGAAGCAGCAGCAGCAGCAGCAGCAGCAGCGCCCGCCUCAGCCUGGAGCUGCUGCCGCUGCCUCUGGUCUCCCCCGAGCUGCGUCUCUCGGCGCUGCUGAAGGGCGAACCGGACCCCUCAGCUGCUGCUGUUGCUGCAGCAGUGGCUCCAGCAGCAGCAGCAGCAGCUGCUGCUGCUGCAGAAACGGGGUUUCCUAUCGAAGCCGUGAGGGCGCUCAACUGCCCAGCAGAAGCAACAGCAGCAACAGCAGCAGCAGCAGCAGCAAACCCCUCGCUCUCUGGCCUUCACGGACUGUCGUCUUCCUUUAUUGUCUUCGGGCCCAAAGCGCAGCAGCAGCUGCUGCAGCUUGACAGCAGCAGCAGCAGCAGCCACGGGGGCGCCAGCAGCAGCGUGGCUGUGGCCGAAGCAGUCGCAGCAGCAGCAGCAGCAGCACUAGCUGCUGGGCCUCUCCGGGCGUCUCCUCUUGAUUGGCUGUCUGUACACCUCAAUUCUAUCGAAAUAGAAGGAGAAGCGGUGUCUGCUGCUGCUGCUGCUGCUGCUGCUGCUGCCGCUGCUGCUCACCUGCUGCGAGCGCUGCUGCGCGAGGGCUACGUCGAAGACGAAACCGCAGCAGACAGAGAGAACACGGACUCAGCAGCAGCAGCAGCAGCAGCAGCUGCAGCAGCAGCAGCAGCAGCAGCGGGAGAUAUCGUGUCUUUAGCUGAGCCCGUGAUGCAUCUGGAGCUGCUGCUGCCAGCUGCAUGCGUUGGUGCUGCAGCAACAGAUCUGACGCAGCACAGAGAGGCCCAUGUGGUCUCGAUAACAGCAGCAAACGCUGCUGCUGCUGCUGCUGCUGCUGCUGCUGAGGCUCCCGGGGUUCCUGAAGACGAGGAGCGUCUCAUGCAGCUUGAUGCGACACUGCCGCUGCGGUGCGCUGAGGGCUGCGCCUCUGCACUUCUUAAUUUGACUCGAGUUGGCUCUUCUGUCUUUCCUGCUGCAGUCUCUUUUAUUGGAUUUAUCUUCUUGCCUUCUCUGUUUCUUUUGCUGCUUGGGCCAUUUGAGCAGCAGAAGCAACAGCAACAGCAGCAGCAGCAGCAGCAGCAGCAACAGCAGCAGCAGCAGCAGCAGCAACAGCAGCAGCAGCAGCAGCAGCAGGGGGGUGAGACAGUUGAACCGACGCAGCAGCAAACCGCAGAAUAG